AAAACUCUGUAGUGUAAUGAUAAGUGGUGGGUCUUCGCGAUAACACCUGGCAACCCUGAUGCAAGACAGCAGUCAGUUUAGGACUGUAGCUGCUUGCGGGCGUUUAGUGUCGGAGAAGAAUGGCUGGUAACGCGUGGAGGUCAACGCUGUCCCGUGUCAUGGGGGCCAUGAAGACUCCGAGCCCCCAGAACUCGAGGCCUUUCGCCAGAGGGAUGCAGACCAUAACGUUGAUCCCAGGAGAUGGGAUCGGCCCAGAAAUUUCUGCUGCGGUGGUAAAGAUUUUUGAAGCUGCCCAGGCUCCUAUCCAGUGGGAAGAGAAAAAUGUCACAGCCAUCAAAGGACCAGGAGGCAGGUGGAUGAUUCCCCCUGAGGCCAAAGAGUCCAUGGACCGGAGCAAGAUUGGCUUGAAAGGGCCUCUGAAGACCCCUAUUGCCGCUGGGCACCCCUCCAUGAACCUGCUGCUGAGAAAGACCUUCGACCUGUACGCCAACGUUCGCCCCUGCAUGUCCAUGGAGGGCUACAGGACCCCCUACACUGACGUGGACCUGGUGACAAUCCGUGAGAACACGGAGGGGGAGUACAGCGGGAUCGAGCACGUGAUCGUGGACGGAGUUGUGCAGAGCAUUAAGCUCAUCACGGAGGAGGCCAGCCGGCGCAUCGCCGAGUACGCGUUCGAGUACGCCAGAAAUAACCAGAGAGCCAGCGUCACGGCCGUCCACAAAGCCAACAUUAUGCGCAUGUCUGACGGCCUGUUCCUGAGGAAGUGCAGAGAGGUGGCAGAGAGCUACAAGGACGUGAAGUUCACUGAAAUGUACCUGGACACAGUGUGUCUGAAUAUGGUUCAAGACCCCACGCAGUUUGACGUGCUUGUGAUGCCCAACCUCUACGGUGACAUAUUGAGUGACCUGUGCGCCGGGCUGAUCGGAGGUCUGGGAGUGACCCCAAGCGGCAACAUCGGGACCAACGGCGUCGCCAUUUUCGAAUCGGUGCACGGAACGGCUCCCGACAUCGCAGGCAUGGACCUGGCCAACCCCACCGCCCUCCUGCUCAGCGCCGUCAUGAUGCUGAAGCACAUGGGACUGCACGACCACGCCAGGAAGAUCGAGGCGGCCUGCUUCGACACCAUCAGAGAAAAGAAGGUGCUGACCAAGGACCUUGGAGGAAAUUCAAAGUGUUCCGAAUUCACAAAUGAAAUCUGUCAAAGAAUAAAAGACAUGGACUGAGACAAUCUGACCAGGGCUGACAUUGCUAUAAAAGCACACACAUACUGCUUCAUAUCAUUCUCAUACCUACGCACAGCAGUGAGAGCUACAGCUAUGUGUCUGGACUACCCAAGGCCUUUAAAAUGGCUCAAAACGUUUUAAACGUUUCUAAACGUUUUAUUUUUCUACAAAAGCACUGUCUCUCACCUGGCUGCUGCUUUGUUACUGUAAUUCCGAGUCGUUGUUCUGUUAUGUUUGAAUUGCUGCUUGUACGUUCUCUAUUUAUUUCACGAUAUCCAGGCUUUUGUCUGAUAAUUUUAUACUUUGUCAAUCUGCUGUUUAUGGUCAAUUGUUUCAGAAUCACAGUAUAUUAAAAAGGAAAGGACAUUUUGAA